AUUAAAUAUAAUCAAUAAUUUAAUUAAAAUAAACAAUUAAUAAUUAAUUAAUUAUUUAACUACAUUAAAUAAUUAAUUUCAUAAUGAUUAAUUAAUACUUCUUAAAUAAUUUUAGUAUCAAUUUAAAUUAAUUCAACAAUCUUCCGGACAAAAACCGAAGAUUAGGCCCCAUAAAUUUAAUGUAAUAACCCAGUUUUUAAUACAACGAUCUAGUACGGCAACAAAUCCAUUCCACGCAUGUCAAGUGUUGCUACGUAGCCGAAGUGAACACCUGAGCAGACGUCUUGUUCAAUACACCCUUCCGUGAAGUACGUCACUUUGGCUAUAGAGCCUCGUUUUCGUGUAUCUGACAUUAGUUAAAGAAUCACAGUCAACCGUGAUGUUUCGCGCGCUAAAAUGUUUCGAUUCUUUUGUAUUCCGCCAUUUUAUCAGCCACUUUAGUGACGAAAGAUUGACAUCUAAAGCGUAUCCUUAUCAAUCUGCAUUAUUCUUAGACAUUUUUUCAUAGUUGGAAUAUGCAUGUUAAAGGGCAAUGGCAACAAAAAUUUUUAUUGUUUCAUUUGAAAGAACGUUUAAAAUCAUCUCUAAAAUCUUGUUAUAUAUGUUUCAUAUCUUGCUGAUUCUUGAAAUAUUUUGACUGAAAAUAAUGAACUGUCAGCCAUCUUGGAUUAUUGAGGAUAUGCAUGAUACCUCACAAGUGGGAUCACGCAAGUUUUUUCUUAUCUUGACAGCCAGUGAUCACUAUGAACCCGAAACUCGAUUUUGAUUGCUAGUUCAAAUUUUGAAUUGCAACAAUUUAAACAACUUUUGAUUGUUACUCUGUAACUUAGAAGUAAUUUUAUAAAGCUAACCCAACUCCUGACAUCAUCAAAACGACAGUUAAUGAGGUUAAGAAUUAAUCCAAGAUGGCGGACAACUCAUUGCUUUCAGUCAAAAUAUUCAAAAUAUUUCAAGACUGGAAUAAAAUUUUAUAGAUAAUUUUAAACGUUCUUUGUAUUGAGAUAAUAAAAUUUUCUGUUACCAUUGUCCUUUAAUAAUAGAGCAUUGAUUGAGAUUUUGGCUCUGCAAAAUGCUGAUGGUAGACAACCUCGGCACAGACCAAAAAAUAAUUAAGUUUAUUUAAGUUUGUAACAUAACAGUGACAUGUUUUUGUCGCUGAUAGGACUGCUCCGAAUAAAUAAAGGUGUCUAUCUAACCCUGUAACGUUUAUACAUUUGCAUCCGACGCACAAUGAAUAUUGAACCUUACCUCCUGGGUGUCGAAACUCCUGCAUCUGUGGCGAGUACCAGGUAGGUCUUGGCGCCAUUCAGGCAGUACCAGGCAGGUCUUGGCGCCAUUCAAGCAGUACCAAACAGGUCGUGGCGCCUGUCAAGUCAUUGCUUGAUGUUUCCCCAGAGCAAAUCAGGCAGUGAUUGGUGGUCUACGAAGACAUCGCCGUUAUCCAGCCAACCAUCUGACAAGCUUAUGACCCGCAUCAUUUCAUCUCCAUUCCCAAUCCGAUCUACGGAAAACGAUUUCGCCAUCAGUAUGCUGUUUCUGUAAUAAAUGGAAAUUCAAUAUAUCUAGCUAUUUAUGUUAAUCAAGUGAAUUUAAUUAAGCAUGUGCUACAAACAACAUUUUUGAACGUGAAAAAGUUUAAAAUUCACUGAACUAUAGUCAUUGAUACAGGUAUGUGUCAAUGCAGAGACGACUUAGGCGAUUGCGUACUCUUUAAUAUAGUUACGGGUAUAGGCACGAACAUAUAGUCUACGUUCACAUGGGACUGGAUGAAUUCGGCGCCGUCACAGAAUAGAGACUAAACAGAAGCCCGACUUCUUGGUUUUUCCUACGAUUUUGGCGUAACCGUAAUUCGUCAUCAAAAUGCUGACCCCAUGGUCCUAGCCUGUGGACUUAUUAGAGGCAUUCACCCCCUCAAAAUAUUCAAAAUGGCGGACGUCCAGGGGAAUGCCUCUUAUAAGCGCAUUCGCUAGGACCAUGGCGUCAGCAUUUUGAUGACGAAUCAUGGCGUGGCAGCGGCUUUUUAAGCCGAGUCAACCUUCUGUGUGUCUGCGGCACCGUACUCAAAUUUUUCCGGUUCUACAUGUUCACAUGGAACCGGAUUAAUUAUGAGACGAUAAGUGUUCACACCGAACGAAUUGUGGCUCCAAAAGUAUUUACGUUCUCGUGCGCAGAUAGUCUCAGUCAGUCUCAAUCCCAAUUCCCUACCGUGCAAAAUGGUCUUGAAAAGGAAAGGUUCCGCUGUUCACAUGGCGCCGUCUAAUUUAGGAGCCAUUCCAGUACAAAACGAAACCUAAUUUUAUUUGGUCUCGAAUUCUGCGGUUAGCUGUUCUGGAAUUCGUCCGCUUUCAUGCGUUCCGUGUGAACGCAAGGCGAAACCCGACGAAUUUGAGUACGGUACAGAAUUCAUCCGGUGUGAACGGGGCCAUAGAGAUCAGUCUUUGUCCAUAUUAGCGCGUGCUUUUUUAACCUAGACCCAUCUUUACAUCUAUCUAUAGUUAAAAUUUUCAGUAUGAAUAGAUACAAGCGUAAAAGUUUGUCAUGACCUCAGUGAGUUUAGCAAUUUAAACAGUUUAAAGCAAUAUGCUAAUUUUUUCCCCGAUUCCCAACUGCUAAAUGUUUUUUCGUCCAUUUUAAAGGAAAUAAUAUUAGUAAUUAUCACUCUUGAGCACAGCGGGUUUUUAUUGGAAAUCAUUGAGGUGAGCGACAAUGAGGUCGUGGACAUGACUCUAACUAACCUCAUGCGAAACAGAAGGUGUUUAUUUUAUGCAAGUAAUUUGUUUCUUCAUCGUCGGCAGAGAAGACACAAAGCACGUAUUAAUAGAUAUCUUAAUUUCCGUGACGUAUUUAUAGGCACUCUAAAACCUUUCAACAUAAUAAAAACAAAAAUAUUUUUCAGCAAAGUAUCCUGCUCUCAUUUCUCGAGCAUCAUGAUUUUCGACUCCAUUCAAAGCAAACUGUUCUGGACGGUGUUGCUAUACUACUUCUCCGUAAUCCUGGGUGUAGCUUUUAGGAGAGAAGAAAAUGGACACGCUCAAAUAUUUUUUCAAAUCAAACAAGGUGCGUAGAAAAUAUCAUUCAACAAUCUGUCUAAUUUUGGAACUUAAAUAUUGAAGUUUGACGCAGAACCCAAAACCGAACAACUUGAACGUAAAUAAACAUGGCACGUUCAGACAAAUUUUUAUAUUGUUAAUGUUGUUUGCACUCAUGCAGAAAAAGUAACUUGCAGUAUCCAAAUUGAGUCAACUAUAAUUUACUAAAAAUACUUUCUGGAUAUCGCGAUUGGGCAUCCAGCCCCCAAGGUUUUAACAUUUUAGCCGUUGCACACAUUCAGAAUAUUAGUAAUUGCACGACAAGUUUAAUAGAUAAGAUCGUAUGUUGUGCGUUUUUCAUCAUCACUGACAUUAUUUUUUUUCAGGCGUUCGAUCACAGCGAGAAGCAUUCAUCAGUUUAAGAGCGAAGACAUCAAUCCAGUGCGCUGUAUUUUGUCUGGACGAAAAAACCUGCAAAUCUUUAAACUAUGCUGAAUAUGCCUCUGUCAAACAUGGUCAGGAGAAUUGUGAAUUACACAAUGAAACCAAGAAUGAUGACGGAAAUCCAUUAGAAUUCCUGAAAGAUGAUAGAUACACCUUCUAUCAGAUACCUGGAGCAUCACACAAACCAGAAAAGAGACAGAAGAUAGAAAAUGCAACUGAACAGGUAUAUAUCUAUCUUCCUUUAUCACAGGAAAAAUAGUGAAAUCCGUAUUAUGCAAUUUGCAAUUGCAACACUAAAACCAUACUAUUUCCACACUAUAUCCAUAUAGUAUGGAAAUUGCAAUUAGUAUGAAAAUUGGAUUUCCAUACUAUUACCAAAGAUCCAUGAAAAACAGUAGCGUAACCAGACUGACGAUUUAGUCCCGCUAUGCAAAUAUUUUCGUGUUCAUUGACUGUGAAAACAAUCAAUUUUGAAAUAAAUAAAUAAUGAUAAUAAUUUUGAAUUUGCUGGUGGGCCUAAAUUGUCGGGCUUGCUAUGCCAUGCACUGAUGAAAAAUAAUUGAGUGUAUUAGCAAGUAAAGUUCAAGCCCGUAUAUAGUCAGGCUAUUUUCUAUUUUCCAACAAUGGGAAAGAACGCACUCUAUCUAUAGGAGCUAGAUUUACUUAGUUAUAUUUUGUUAUUACCAAUUUAUAAUUUUUAUAUAGCAGUAUAUUGUACAUGCUCAACUUUAAUUUGUUUAAUUAACAAGUUACUUGAAUGAACAUAAAGUGAGAAUUAUCAGUUUUCUGAUAUGCACCAACUGAAAAGGCACUAUAGACAUGUAAUUGUUCUAAAUUUCGUUUUAGGCAAACACACCUUCACUGAACAGAAGUUGUCUUGACCAUUUUAACCAUGGUAGUAAAACAUCGGGUUAUUACACCAUCUUUAAUGGGAUAAAAGUACAUCGCGUAGUAUAUUGUGAUAUGGAAUCUGAACCAGGAUCCGUUUGGACACUUAUCAUGUCCUUCGUGAGAGAAAACAAAGAUGUCGAUUCAUUUAGAUCGAAAGCAAUGUAUGAACGUUCGCCACAGAACAAUUCGACUCCAAAUUGGGCCAAGUACCGAAUGAAAAGAUUUCUGAUGUAUGUAAUAAAGAACACGACAACUCACUGGCGAGUUACAUGCAGUUUUCCACAAUAUGGUGUCAACGUCAACACCGACUACGUCCGAGCUGCCUUCGCUGAUUUUGAUUUGAUGGAUGAAUUUAAUGACGAAUGCAAGAAUGUGAGUCACAUAAGUGUCAUGGGACAGUCUUGUUCAGAAUGUACGGCACACUGGUCGCAGGGUAAUGGCAGUGCACCACAUAUCGCUGCUGUUGAUGAGAAGGAUGUUUGUGAUAUAAAAAGUGAUAAAAGUGGAAACAACUAUUUUGGUGCGUACGAAAACUACAAUGCCACAUUUCGUUGUACAGAAAAUAGAACUUCAACAACGAAUUACUGGUUUGGUGCCUAUGUUUGAUAGGACUGCACGAGACGCAGCCUCAGGGAACAAUAGCAUUUGAACAAUAGCAUCAGGGAACAAUAGCAUUUGUGUGGAAUUCUUGUGGAACUCUUGCAUAUCAACUGCUUUACAAGAACUAUAUAUUUCAGUGUUAUUUAGAUAUGAUACAAGCUAAUUUCCCAUAUUAUAUCGUAAUUUUUUGCACGAAUAAGGCUGAACCAUCAAUGUUUCCGUGAUCACAUAUGCAAUAGGAUUUUAAUUUGCGUAGGCAAAUUCUAAGUUUUGAAAGAUUUGUACAAAAUGUUUGAGGGAACAGACUCGGUGUUUAACAAGCCCUUCAAUUAACGUAGAAUUUGCCUACGCAAAAUUCCUACUGUGAUUACAGAAACUUUAAUACUUUAAACAAGCCCCUAUGUAUUAUUGGUAUUACAUCUAUAUCAACGCGAGGACCAUGAAAACACGUAGCUUAGAGUAUUUAUGGGGUGUCUAAAAAAAAAAACGCUAUGGAAAUUCAACGGGCUGUCGUGCAUCAUAAACGUGGCUAUAAACAAUUACAUUUUUACAUACGACAAAAGAACAGUUAAAUAGCUUUUCAAUGAUACUCUUUUUAAAUCGUAACGAUGAGGAAUGGCCGCAUACUCGUCAAAUGAAAAUUGCCGGUCGAAAUCACAUUCUUCCACCGUUGGGAACUGCAUGGAAAACGAAAUACAGUCAUAGACAAUUCCCAAGAGGGAUCUAAAAUGAGCUCGACUCGUCAAUCUUCGUCUUAGUGAGACAAUAUACUGAUUACUUAAUAAGAACGUCCAUUAUUUAAACAUGAUUCAAUUAACCCCUGGACAGAGAACAUUCGUAAUCAAAACCUUUUACGAAACAAAUAGGUUGCAGCAGGCUCGCGUUGUUUUUGGAUUGACUAACUUUGCAUAAUUAAUGAAUAAUGUAUUUUCAAUUCCCAACGGUGGAAGAAAGUGAUUUCGACAAGCAAUUUUUAUUUGACGAGUAUGUGGCCAUUUCUUAUCGUUACGAUUUUAAAAAGCUAGAUAAAAGCUCUUUCAUCGUAUGUAAAAAAUGAAUUGUUCGGCUAAGUUUAUGAUGUAUGACAGCCUGCCCAUGAUAGCCUCAUUGCUAUCUCUAUGGAUUGCAAUGGAUUAUUUGGUAUGUGGGUUUAUGUGGGUUUGAACGGUAGAAUAUCUUAAUCUUAUAUUAUAGUGAAAUCCCAUCGCUAUAUUAAAUCUUGUAGGAACACG